GGAAAUAAUAAUAAAUUCCAUGUGCUAAAGUCCGAAAAAUCGAAUAGAUUAAUUGAAAAAAGUAUCAAGAUUGAAUCAUUUGUGGAUUUUACCACCAUCUCAAAGUCAGCUUAAGAGUCACCGGCGAACAGUUGUUUACAACCUGUUGAACUUAACCUCAUUCUGAUCAAUUGCACCAACCAACAACACCGUCAGGAACCGCGAAUCAUUGGUAAAGCGCAUCGAAUUUCAAUCAGUUAGUCCAGCAGAGUGUCAUUACCAGUUGCAAAAGAUUAAAACACACCAAAAUCGGCUGAAAUAGAACGUCAAUUCAAUCAUGUCACAGUCUUCGAAUCAAACUGAUGAAUUUCCAAGUCCGAUUUGUUCAAUGAUCGGCGAAAAGUUGUACCUGAACGAAAGGCUGGCCGAUUUCCACUUUAUCUUUGAAACAAAUGAUGGUGAAUAUGAACGUGUUCCGGCUCACAAAAAUUUCUUGAUCGCCGCAAGCGAUGUCUUUGAAGCGAUGUUCAAUGGAUCGUGGGAAGAGAUGGAUGAAGUUGGAAUUGUCGACUCGCCGGUCGCUGCGUUCGGGGAAUUCUUACAGUUCUUUUACCUGGGGCGAGUGAAAAUAACUGCCGCUAACGUUUCUAAGGUCAUGUACCUCGCCAAUAAAUACAAUUUAGCCGACGGUUUGAACGUGUGUGUAAAAUUCAUAGAAAGUACAUUGUCUGCUGAUAACGUCUGCUGGGGCUAUGGACUUGCAAUUCUUUUCGGUCAAGAAAGUUUGAAGAAUCUAUGUAAAAUAGUAAUCAGCAUCAACACCAAAGAUGUGUUUGCUUCUAAAAACUUUCUGGAAUGUGACCGAGAUGUUUUGGAACACAUUCUGAAUUUGGAUUCGAUGAAUUGUUCCGAGCCGGAAUUGUUCGAAGCCUGCAUUUCAUGGGUCAAAUCAUCGAGUAAUCAGAAUGAGCUAACCAGAGAAAUUGUGCAUGCUGAACUUGGCGGUUUGAUGAACAAAAUACGUUUUGGUUCCAUAUCAUCAAAGGAAAUUGCCUCGUUGAUCCCGUCACAUGGUGAUUUGUUUUCAAUUGAUGAGUACAAAGAUAUUGUCCAAAUGAUGGGAUCAGAUGAAUAUCAACCAAAAGUAUUCACCGAAGUUCGUCGAAAGCGUGCUGAAACGACCAAUCCAAACAAUAGUCCUACGAUUGAAUGCAAUCGACUGAUUUCCAAAUAUUGUUCCAUCAAGAUAUAUAACAUCAAGGACGUUGAGACCACCGUAUUUUCAUGCAAUCGACCACUUUUGCUAACGGCAUUCAUGUGUGAUAAUUUAUUUGAAUCAAUUUCAAAAAAUGUCAUUCGCAUCAAAGAAAACGUACCAACUAAAGUAGAAGUCAUCGAACAAUGUGGCCCAUCGCGUUCUGAGGUUGUUUUGCAUAAUGAAGAAACCGUUUUACUGCAUAAUGAACCUACGCAAAUCACAUAGACCAAGCCAAUUCUCCUUAGACCUGGAUGCAUGUACAAAAUUCGAAUGCGACAGUCCCCACCAAAAAAUGGCUGUUGUACAGGUGGUCUCUUGAAAACAGAAGUACAUAUUCACCCAGAUAUCACUAUUCACUUUCAUGAUGAUCCAGUUGUUGGUACAGAUAAAGUGCCCAGAGGCUUGAUUUAUUCUUUGCAUUUCAAAGAGUUUUGAUAUGUGUAGUGUAAUGAAAGCCAAACCAUUUUUGUAAUUAUUGGGUCUGGGAAUUAGUUUUGUCGAUUUUUUUUAAAUUUUCAAACAUUUAUUUGAAUACCAAAAUGAAAUUACAUUUCAAUCAAAAUAUUGUCCAUCGGAAGCGAUGACCUUCUGCCACAAUGUGGGCAAUUGACGGAUGCCUGCCUUAAAAAAUUCCUCAUCUUUUGAGGCUAUAAAUUCAUCGAGCCAAUUUUGGAUUUCUUCAACUGAAGAGAACCGCUCUCCGUCCAUAUGGUUUUGCAUCGAUCGAAACAAAUGGUAGUCGGAAGGAGCCAGGUCUGGGCUAUACGGGGCGUGAGCCAAAACUUCCCAUCCGCUAUUUUCCAAGUAGUUUUUGACCGAUUUCUCAAUGUGUGGCCGAGCAUUGUCAUGUAGGAAAAUCAAUGUCUCUUUUCUGGUCUCCCAUUUCGUGCGUUUUUCUUUGAUUGCUUGUUUCAAACGUAUCAAUUGUUGUCGGUAGAAAGGCCCAUCGAUGGUUUGACCACUUCUCAGCAGCUCAUAAUACACCACUCCCUCCUCAUCCCACCAAAUAGACAGCAUUACCUUGUCGCCGUGAAUUUCUUGUUUUGGCUGUGAUGUUGCUGGUUGGCCGGGCUUAACAUACGAUGCUUUGCGCUUGGGGUUAUCGUAAUGAAUCCAUUUUUCGUCACCAGUGACAAUUCGAUACAGAAAACCUCUUUUUUUGUGCCUUGCGAGCAGCAUUUCGCAAGUCACUAAACGCCUUUCAGCUUGCGCUGGCGUCAAUUCAUGUGGUACCCAAUUUGACAACUUGCGAAUGAAAC